AUGUCCCAGACAAACCCGGCGGGAGAACCGACGCUGGAACCGACGUCACAACCACUCCCAGGGCCCCUGAAGAGCGUUUAUCGACAGUACAAACAGGAUACCAAUUUCGUGGCAUCAUGGCUCGCCAUAACUGCCAAACGAUGCGGUUAUCCAACCGAUCUUCUCUCCGAGACUACAGAUGGCUCCAAUCCCGGAGCUUCCCGUCCAAAAGCCACCGGCGGUAAAGGCAAAAAGAAGAAGCCCAACAAGAAACCCACGAAACCAGCUGGAUCCACAACCAAUGGCCCGAAGAAGUACACUGUCGCCGUCAACGAGUACAUUCCGCUUGCGCAGUUCAUUUGUAACUCGAAGAAGGAUGUUGCCGCCGUCCCGGAAUGGUUCGUUACGGCGAUCAACCGGGUAAUUCACGUGCGCAAGGAGUUCAGGGAUAGGCUGGCGGCGCUUGGAAGAAAGACGGAACAGGAGUCUGAUAUGAAGCACAACUACUUCGUCGGCAUUCUGGAAAAGGUACGCGAGGUUCUCAGGCCGUUGAUGACCGCGGAAGCCGCGCACGCAAGCGAUGUCGGUCUCUCCAACAAGUUCGAAGGCUUGACUGUCUCCGAGCCCUCGCAGGAAUUCAUCGACGCUCCCGAUGUCGAGAAGCCAAAGGUCGAUGUGGUCUACGAAGCAGAAGAAAAUAUGUCGGAUGAUGAGGCGAUGUUCAUCAUCUCACUUCUGUGGCAGGAUCUGCUGAAGACACGGUUUACCGUGAAAGCGCUAUGGUUUUCUUACUGUUGCAAAGACUACGAACUGCCGGCCGUGGCUGUCGCUACCAACACAGCCUUUGAUCUGGCGCGUCACAUGAUUCAAGAAGUGUUUCCGGUUCUCGAAACGCACGAAAAGGGCUUUUAUGGCAUCUUGAAGAACAACCACGCCCUGCUCUGGGACUGGGUGACAAUAGCCGGGCCGAAAGAGGCCGAGCAAAUCGAUCUUUCUCUUAACCCCUCCACGGAAGAGAAGAGAUACGUUGCGGGAAAGGAAAGCUACAUGAACGCAUACAACAUGCUAGCCGAUAUCCUACCCUCCUUGCAGGCCGAUGGGAAACCCAUUGGACCUAUCCUCCCGAUCGAUGGGGAGUUUACGGCCAAAAAAGGCAACGCAAGAUUCGACAAAGACUACAACUACCUGAAGCAGAUAUUCGAAGACCUGAUGUUCAUCAAUGAGCAUAUCGCACAAAGGUCAACUUCGCACUCACGCAAUUGGCCCCACGUCAUCGAAGACGCUCUCAUGCGCGGUCUGAGGGAAACGCUCCAAACUCGAAGGAUCCCCUUCUACCUCGUGUUUGCAUCCCAGGUCAUGAUAGACGUGCAUCACGAGCUUGACGACUCAGAUGAAAUCUCUAUGCCUAAGGAUGAGAUGCUUAACAAGAUGAACAUCAUGUACGAUAUGUGGGCCCACUACCACCGUGUUCAUGAUUCAGCAGGCACAUACGAUGACCUGGAAGAAAUCGACACGGAAAUUAGAACAGUCGCCCUGGGUUGCCUCCAAAUGAAAGACGACCCCAUCUACGAGCAGAAAAUGAAGCUUCUGAAGAAGAAGAAAGGACAGACGGCUGGGCCAAAGCCUGAGAAGCACGGCUUCUGGAAGAGACAUCCGGUUGCAUGCGGCUUACUUUUGUAUGUCUAUCAAUUGGCAGUCUACAAAGCCGGAAUCCACGUUUCCAACGUCACACGAUCUAUCGCCGCCUCAAUGCACAUGUAUAACGCCUUCUUGAGCGAGGGUCUUAUCAAAGAUCCCUGGCCGGAUAUGGAAUGCGCAAAGACGUUCUUCGGGCCGGGCAACUUUUUCGUUGGACGCCUCCCUACCAGCAUGGAUGAUUAUGCUAAAGCCAUCAUGUUGCAACUGGGACUUUCGGUUGUCAGUGUUAUGGAUCCUUCGAAGAGACGCGGCAAUACGCGGUCGAGAAUGUUGCAAGAUGUGCCGAACCGCAUGCUCAAGUGGGACGUUCCCACCUGGAUGGCCUUCGACACCAGAUACCUGGACAAGCUGGGCAAGACUGCUGAGGAUACCUGGACUGCGGAGGACGUUUACAGCAUCAUCGCCGACUUUAUGAAGAAAGCUGGCGGUCCUUCGUCGAUCGUCGAGGGAAAGAAGAAGCCUGCAAAGUCCAAGACGAAGAGCGCCAAGGAGGUUGACAGACAGCCGGGGAAGAAACCCCAAGGGGACUCCCUAAAGACCCAUGACUUGGUGAUCUGGCUUUGCCGCGCUCUCACGUCUGAGUACUCCCAGAUCAGCUUCCCUUUCGUGGUAUUGCACGCUUAUGCCUGGUUCAUGAUGAGGUAUAUGAGGGAAGACUGCGAGUCUUUGGUGAAGAAUGUCCUUGGGCCACCGGAUGGGAAACUCAAGGAAUACGCCUUGCCUUGUUGUGCUGCCCAUAUAUUGCAAGCAGCUUACGUGGUACCGCAUUGGGCGCAAAGCAGACUUAUCAUGGAGCAGGCAGCCAAAACGUUCCAGGAAUGCUUGUUUUCGAGGCUGAUGAUGCAGGAACCAGGCGGUAGCCGGUCAGUACCGGCUACCACUGGUGACGACAGAAUUAAUUGGAUAUGUGGUGAAGCUGCCUUGAUGUUCGUUAAGAGGCAGCAACAUCUGCCACCUUGGUGGAGUGCUAGUCAGGGUAUUCGUACCCAGAAGGGUGAUGAUGGCGAGUGGGAGUUGACCAAGAUGGAGUAG